GAGUUAGUCUUAUACUUAAGACCCAGGUCAAAGGCUUCCAGUCCAAAUUCUUCACAGUUCAUCCAGCAGGCUCUCUGUGGGCCUGGCAAUUCUUUUUGGUUCUGCAAGAGAAGGCCAAGUCAGAGUUGUGAGGAGGGGAGUACCCCUGGCUUUCCCUGCCCUCCAUCUAGGACCCUUACCAUGUGGCUCAGAGCUUAGAAACCUAGGAAGAUUCUCAGACAACCCAUAGGAAUCUGGACUACCCUGGCCACAUUCAGGAGUUGUAGGCGUUGUGUACUGUAGUCGGUGGAAUGGGGUACACCAUCUGGAAUCAGAUAGCUUAGAUUUGAAUGAUGGCUAUGCAGUCACCAGUUAUGACAAUUAUUCUGUGACUCAGUUUCUUCAUCUAUAAAUAGGGUUAAUAACAGUACUUACCUCAUGGUGGGUGCAUGGAUUAAGCAAUAUUGCAUAAAGAAGACUAAACCCAAAGCCAGGCAUGUGGAUAGGCUGAAGAGCCAACUCCCUUCUCUGAAGAAGGGAUCAGAAGGACCCUGCAGUUGCCAAUGGGCAGCCGUCUGUGGGAGCAAGUGGACUGAGCUUUGCCCUCUCUGAGGUGGAGAGUAGGGUGAGAGGUGCUGAAGGACAAAGUAGACAAAGCCCCUUUCAUUCUCCCAGGAUCCCCUUGAUGGAAGAGAAGAGGCGAAAAUACUCCAUCAGCAGCGACAACUCUGACACCACUGACACUCCUUCUGGUUGGUGAGUGGAAGGGGUGUCAUGUCCUCACUUAUCAAUGGAGAGGCCCAGAGCAGGGACAAUCUACCAGGUCACACUACAUCUGCUUCGAGAUGCUCCAAACUGCCCUGCAGCACCAAGUCGGGCUGGCCCCGGCAGAACGAGAAGAAGCCCUCAGAGGUUUUCCGGACAGACUUGAUCACAGCCAUGAAGAUCCCAGACUCAUACCAGCUCAGCCCGGAUGACUACUACAUCCUGGCGGAUCCGUGGCGGCAGGAAUGGGAGAAAGGUGUGCAGGUGCCCGCCGGGGCAGAGGCCAUUCCAGAGCCUGUGGUGAGGAUUCUCCCGCCGCUGGAAGGCCCCCCUACCCAGGUGUCCCCUAGCAGCUCCGAACUUGGCGAGGGCUCCCAGCCUGAUUGGCCAGGGGGCAGCCGCUAUGACCUGGACGAGAUUGACGCCUACUGGCUGGAGCUCAUCAACUUGGAGCUCAAGGAGAUGGAGAGGCCAGAGCUGGAUGAGCUGACACUGGAGCGCGUGCUGGAGGAGCUGGAGACGCUGUGCCACCAGAACAUGGCUCGGGCCAUUGAGACACAGGAGGGGCUGGGCAUUGAGUAUGAUGAGGACGUCGUCUGUGACGUGUGCCGUUCUCCUGAGGGCGAAGAUGGCAACGAGAUGGUCUUCUGUGACAAAUGCAACGUCUGCGUGCACCAGGCAUGCUACGGGAUCCUGAAGGUGCCCACAGGCAGCUGGCUGUGCCGGACGUGUGCCCUGGGUGUCCAGCCAAAGUGCCUGCUCUGCCCCAAGCGAGGAGGAGCCUUGAAACCCACCAGAAGUGGAACCAAGUGGGUGCACGUUAGCUGCGCUCUGUGGAUUCCUGAGGUCAGCAUCGGCUGCCCCGAGAAGAUGGAGCCCAUCACCAAGAUCUCACAUAUCCCAGCCAGCCGCUGGGCUCUGUCCUGCAGCCUGUGCAAGGAGUGCACGGGCACCUGCAUCCAGUGUUCCAUGCCUUCCUGCAUCACUGCGUUCCAUGUCACAUGCGCCUUUGACCACGGCCUAGAAAUGCGGACUAUAUUAGCAGACAACGAUGAAGUCAAGUUCAAGUCAUUCUGCCAGGAGCACAGUGAUGGGGGCCCGAGGGCUGAGCCCACAUCUGAGCCGGUGGAGCCCAGCCCAGCUGGUGAGGACCUGGAGAAGGUGACCCUGCGCAAGCAGCGGCUGCAGCAGCUGGAGGAAGACUUCUAUGAGCUGGUGGAGCCAGCCGAGGUGGCCGAGCGCCUGGAUCUGGCCGAAGCACUGGUCGAUUUUAUUUACCAGUACUGGAAGCUGAAGAGGAAAGCCAAUGCCAACCAGCCGCUGAUGACCCCCAAGACGGACGAGGUGGACAACUUGGCGCAGCAGGAGCAGGAUGUCCUCUACCGCCGCCUGAAGCUCUUCACACACCUGCGGCAGGACUUGGAGAGGGUUAGAAAUCUGUGCUACAUGGUGACAAGGCGCGAGAGAACGAAACACGCCAUCUGCAAACUCCAGGAGCAGAUAUUCCACCUGCAGAUGAAACUUAUUGAACAGGAUCUGUGCCGAGAGCGGUCUGGGAGGAGAGCAAAGGGCAAGAAGAGCGACCCAAAAAAGAAAGGCUGCGAGGGCCCAAAGGGCAGCCCCGAGAAGAAGGAGAAAAUGAAGACAGGGCCUGACUCAGUCCUGGGGCAGCUGGGCCUGUCUACUUCAUUCCCCAUCGAUGGCACCUUCUUCAACAGCUGGCUAGCUCAGUCAGUGCAGAUCACAGCAGAGAACAUGGCCAUGAGUGAGUGGUCACUGAAUAACGGGCACCGUGAGGACCCUGCUCCGGGGCUGCUGUCAGAAGAGCUGCUGCAAGAUGAGGAGACGCUGCUAAGCUUCAUGCGGGACCCCUCGCUGCGACCCGGUGACCCUGCCAGGAAGGCCCGUGGCCGCACCACCCGCCUACCUGCCAAGAAGAAACCGCCACAGGAUGGGCCUGGUUCACGGACGACUCCGGACAAACCCCCCAAGAAGCUCUGGGGCCAGGAUGCAGGUGGUGGCAAGGGGAGUCAAGGUCAAGGACCGCCUGCCAGGAAACCACCACGGCGAACGCCUUCUCACUUGCCGUCCAGUCCUACAGCUGGGGACUGUCCCAUCCCAGCAUCCCCCAAGAUCCCCCCACCGCUGGUCCCUGACACCCCCGACGAGGCAGCCCCAAUGGCUGCUGACUCGAAUGUCCAAGUGCCUGGCCCAACAGCAAGCCCCAAGCCCUCAGGUCGGCUGCGGCCAUCCCGCGAGAGCAAGGGAACCCGGAGGUCAUCAGGUGCCAGGCCUGAUGCCGGGACAGGACCUCCUUCUGCUGUGGCCGAGAGGCCAAAGGUCAGCCCACACUUUAACCCUGAGACUGAUGGCUUCUUCUCUGACGGGGAGAUGAGCGACUCAGACAUGAAGGCCAAGGACAGCGGGGUGCAGCGGGGUCCCCGGGAAGCAGGGGCUGAGGAGGUGGUCCGAAUGGGGGUUUUGGCCUCCUAAGUCACCCUUCCCCUGUCUCAGGCCCUGCCCUAGUCCUCCCACGAGGCCUCAGCCCAGUCACAACUGCCAUUUCCAAUCUGCUGAGUGUUCCAGACCCUCAAGGCUGCCACUCUGUUGCGGUUUUAUUUUUAAUAUAGAGAGAGUUUCAAAUUC